CACGGAUGGUGCCUGUUAUGUAUUGCCUUCCAAACCAUAGACUCGUUCCUCCUCUUCCCUAGCCAGCAUAUCGAUCCUGGCUGGCGUCCACGUGGAAGCCGAUGAAGUGGUUUUUCUCACUGUGGCGGAGCAAAUGGGCUGUGAGCUCCUGGGUAGCCCAUGGUUUCUCAAGACCUUCUGGACUUGCUACCUUUGAGUCCAGUCUGCUGAAAUGGACCAAUUGUGGCCUCACGAGGGAAGUAUCCUGUCUCCCAAUGCUUGAAUACAGGAAAUGAAUGGGGAUUUUUAAACAUGUGUCCAGUAUUGGACUGAGAUUGUCUGCAACGAGCGGAAAUGUCCACAGAACAGGAAGCGAUGACAACCGUGGGCCUCCUCUUUGAGUCUAUGGAAGAUGAGGGGAUAAAAAUAGCCGGGAGGACCCUGCGUGUGGCCCAGGAUGGGACUGUUGGCCAGUUUGUGAGUUGGGUCCCUUCAGAGCAGGGUAACCAGGAGGCAGAGGAGGGAUUGGCCCAGACCUGGGAAGUCCAGUGGCAGGAAUUUCUGAAGUCAGUUCACACUCCUCAUGGCGGGAACCUGGAGUCGCCGAAGACUAUGCGGUGGGAAGUAACAAGAUCCUCUCUGGUUCCUUCAGAAGUGGGGGCUGGUUCUGGUGACUGGCCUGAAGGAGAGGAAACUCCCGGCCUUUCUUCGGGUCUCAGCGAGGGAACCACAAAUGCCUCAAGCAACAUAAACACUGGGGGAACAGGAGAUGGUGCAGAAGCAGAAGGGGAGUCCCCAAGCAAGGGUGUUGCCAUCGGAGAGAUGCACCGCCAAAGCUUCAGGCAGUUCUGCUACCAAGAGGCCGAAGGGCCCCAAGAGGCUUAUGUUCGUCUCUGGGAACUUUGCUGUCAGUGGCUGCAACCAGAGCGACGCACCAAGGAGCAAAUCCUGGAGCUGUUGGUCCUGGAGCAGUUCUUGUCCAUCCUGCCACCAGAGAUCAAGAGCUGGGUCAGGGAAGGCUGUCCAGAAAGUUGCUUCCAGGCGGUGGCCCGAGCUGAGGAUUUCCUGAUGGAGCAACAGGUGGCUGAGGGAUGGGGGCCACAGGUGCUGGAUCCAUCCACGGAGGUGGCUGUUGGUUUGUCCAACACGGACCAAGCUCUCCUGGACCUGUACAGGGAGGUGAAGCAAGAGGGUAACCAAGAUGCUGGCUGGCUGGGAGGUGAUGGGCUGUUGAAUAUGGACAGCGUGGAAAGAGGUAAAUGGGAUGAACUAGAUGUGGACUUCGUAGAGCCUGACGAAUCAGAGAAGUGGGAAGAAGGCCCAGCAGAGACUUGGGAAAGUUCAGUGAUGCCUGAUGGCCAAGAAGAUCUCCCUGAGGCUGCCAGCUCACCCCCAGCGGCGAGAGAGAACCCCGUCUUCAGGAAACGCUUUACCCCUAAACUCAGCCUCAGUCGACGGCAGAGGGUCCACAUAGGCCCAAAGCCCCACAAAUGCAGCGAGUGCGGGCAGUCCUUCACCCGGAGAGCGAACCUUUUCCGGCAUCAGACACUCCACACAGGGGAGAGAGCACACCUCUGCACAGAUUGUGGCCGAAGGUUCACACGGCGAGAGAACCUGGUCCGACAUUUGAAGAUCCACACAGCAGGUGAUGGAUGGGUGAUCGAGAAUGAAGGGGAACACCUUUGGACAACCCUGAAGGUGGAAGAGACCUCUGUAAAUCAAAGUAGAAGGAAAGCGGAUGAGAAAAGCCAAACAGAGAAUCGGAGGCAAAGGUCUGUCACUAGUCAGAAUGGUGGCUCGUUUGAGAUCUCCGUCUCUCAAGUGGUAGAUGAAGGGACACCAAAGAUUUCAUGCUCCAUCUGUGGGAAAAUAUUUAUUCACCGGUCAAGCUUUCAGCGACAUCAUAAAAUCCACCACCCAGAAGCAAGGUCACUUUCGUGUUCAGAUUGUGGGAAGAGUCUGGCCCAGGGGCCAGACUGUAGAAGACCCGAGUCCACAGGAGAGAAAGCACAUAAAUGCUUUAAAUGUGAGAAAAGGCAUUCUCUCAAACUUAACAGUCGCAAGAGAAAUAGCACAGGGAAGAAGCCACACAAAUGCUUGGAUUGCAAUUACACCUUCACCUGCCUGUCUCACCUUCUUAGACAUCAGAGAAUCCACACGGGAGAGAAACCCUAUACCUGCUCAGCCUGCGGGAAGAGCUUUCGUCAGACUGCACACCUUGUUAAACAUGAGAGGACACACAGGGAGCAGAAACAGUAUUUAUUUUGACUUUACAGGAAAAUCUUCCUCUGGAGUUCAAACCUUUAUUUAAAAAUGAACCCAUGUGCGGUCGGAGACAUUUAUUAAACAUUUGGAAUAGUAGGAGACUUUUAGUUAGAGAUGCAUCCUCCCGCUAGUUUGUAAGAUGUAACCUCAGAUGUGCAUUAAUUUUCUAAUAAACAAAACUUAACAGGAAA